AUGUCGUUAAGAGCUAAUCAAAUACUAGAGAGUAAAUACAGACGCUUGAGUCGUAAUUUUUCUUCCCUGUGGAGUAAGUAAAAAUAUAAUUUUUUUUUAGUUUUGCGUUCGGGCACUUAACUUUAUAAAAUUUGAUUUUGCAAUUACAGGAUUAGUGAAUAACAACAAUCGUGACAGCAGGUCGAUGUAUAGAAACCAGCUUGGCGCACACUGGGCAAACGAAAGUAUUUUUCUGCCCGUGUCACCCGUGUUUAUUUAUACUACGGCUCAACCGUCUACAUCGCCGAUCUCACCCGAUACACAAUAUAUGGACCCAACAUCUUCGCCAUCACCCCCAACACAGACCCCACUUAUGGAAUCGGCCACCUAUAUUCCAAAUUACUACCAUCAGUUUCAAUGUAAUCAACAUAAAAUUUAA